AUGUACGUGAAUUCAGUGGUCAACUUGUGCCAAUCCUACCACCUCAUCCUCUCCUACCACAUCCUCCUCAUUGGAAUGUUCUUCUUCAGCUACGUCAGUGUUUUCAUUUGGCUCAAUCUCUCCGUCGAUUUCCUCUUUCCAGGCUUCACGAAGGUCAUCACGUCUGCUUCCUUGAUGUUUGUAGCAGUCCUGUUGUACUCAGCACUGUUGGCCAACUAUUAUGGAUUCUGGUUGUUCUACAGAUUGACUCUCUUGAUAAUGGCAGUUGGAAUCGUCAUACUUUUUUUAAAUGAACGGAAUUCCAACAAUGGAAGAACUGACCCAGUUUGGAGAAGUAUCACUAAGUCUUCCAAUAUAUUGAAUAAAUAUUAUUUGUUGACGAAAAAUCCCAACUAUGCAUUGAACUGGAGCGAUUCCAUGAAAUUCCCAUUCCCGAAAACUAAGUUUUACCAAUUUCCAUGGGAUUUACGUUCUUAUGCUCACCUCUACAUUGAACCAAAAGUUUUUUUGCAUCCUACGUUAUUUUGA